AGGCGGCCCGGCCAGGGUCGCGCCACCGCUAGGCUCCGUGUCCCUCCGCGCAGGCGGGCGGUGCCGGAGAGCUGGUGCCUGCGAAGGCGGCCACGGCGGCGCCCCCUUCUCAUCAUGAAUAGAGGCUUCUCCCGAAAGAGCCACACGUUCCUGCCCAAGAUCUUCUUCCGCAAAAUGUCAUCCUCAGGGGCCAAGGACAAGCCUGAGCUGCAGUUUCCCUUCCUGCAGGAUGAGGAGACGGUCUCCGUACUGCGCGAGUGCAAGACACUCUUCAUCCUGCGUGGCCUGCCAGGGAGCGGCAAGUCCACGCUGGCGCGGGUCAUCGUGGACAGGUACCGUGACGGCACCAAGAUAGUGUCUGCCGACGAUCACGGGAUCACCCCUGGCACCCAGGGAAGCCUCUCCGAGCAGUACAAGCGGCUGGAUGAGGAACUGGCUGCCUUCUGCCGCCGGGACACCCGCAUCCUUGUGCUGGAUGAUACCAACCAUGAGCGGGAGCGGCUGGAGCAGCUCUUUGACAUGGCCGAUGAGUACGAGUACCAGGUGGUGCUGGUGGAGCCCAAGACGUCGUGGCGGCUGGACUGUACCCUGCUCAAGGAGAAGAGCCACUGGCAGCUGUCAGCCGACGACCUGAAGAAGCUGAAGCCUGGGCUGGAGAAGGACUUCCUGCCGCUCUACUUCGGCUGGUUCCUGACCAGGAAGAGUUCUGAGAGCCUCCGCAAAGCUGGCCAGGCCUUCCUGGACGAGCUGGGGAACCACAAGGCCUUCAAGAAGGAGCUGCGACACUUUGUCCCUGGGGGUGAGCCCAGGGAGAAGAUUGAACUGCCCACCUACUUUGGGAAGAGACCCCCGGGCGUGCUGCACUGCACAACCAAGUUCUGUGACUACGGGAAGGCCACCGGGGCAGACGAGUACGCCCAGCAGGAUGCGGUGAAGAAAUCUUAUGGCAAGGCCUUCACACUGGCCGUGUCGGCCCUCUUUGUGACACCCAAGACGACUGGAGCCCGGGUGGAGCUGAGCGAGCAGCAGCUGCUGUUGUGGCCAAAUGACGUGGACAGGCUGUCGCCCUCUGACAGCCUGCCCCGGGGGAGCCGCGCUCACAUCACCCUGGGCUGCGCAGCUGACGUGGAGGCUGUGCAGACGGGCCUUGACCUCCUCGAGAUUUUGCAGCAGGAGAAGGGGGGCAGCCGAGGCGAGGAGGUGGGUGAGCUAAACCGGGGCAAGCUCUACUCCUUGGGAAGUGGGCGCUGGAUGCUGAACCUGCCCAAGACGGUGGAGGUCAAGGCCAUCUUCACGGGCUACUACGGGAAGGGCAAAUCUGUGCCCAUACUCAGCAGCCGAAAGGGGGGUGCCUUUCAGUCCUGCACCAUCAUUUGAGUGGUCUCACCACUCUGGGCCCCUGACUCUUUACAAGGGAAGGGGGAGGAGAGGGAAACAGGCCCUCUGCUUGAUCUUUAAGAUUCUUUUUUUUUUUUUUUACUCAAGUUAACCUUCCUGUAACUUUUUAAAAACUUAUAAAAUAACUGCUCUUCUUUUCCUGCCCCCUCA